UCGCUGAUGACGUCAGGGACUCCAGCCUGUGCUGCUCUCCAAACAAUCAAGGCGAUGGUCCUGUCGGCACAGUCGUGCUUUGGAGGGAGACUUUUUCACAGCGAAAGCCAGGAAAACAUUACAACCCCUGAAAUGUACCAGAGCCCACCGGUCGCGGUGGAUUAAAACGGAAACUUUUACGAUGGCCCUGAACGUGAAAAAGUAAUCAAAACAGCAUCAUCCACGCAGCGGACGUUCAAGCCAGCGAGGAACGUUAGAUGCACGCGCACUGCUAAUAUGAGCGAACCGAGCCGCCGUCUCAACCCUUGCUGCACUGACACGUUUUUACUGUUUUAACCAGUUGGAGCAGGACAUUGGCCGGCUUUUAUCUGUUUACUAUCAUUUUACACUCAGACUAAGCUACGAGUACGACCUACAGAACCAACCAUGGCAGGCAAGCUGACUACACAAGGCACGGGAAUACUGCUCGUGACAGCCAACGUCGGCUCCCUCUUUGAAGAUCCUGAAAACCUCCAGAAGACAUGGCUGAGGGAAUUCGAGCAGACCGUACAUUCGCACAAGCCUCACUUCAUCGCGGUGCAUUGUCAGGAAGUGGGGGGGAAGAACUGUGAGACGUCCAUGGCACACGUGGACAGUUUUAUCAAAGAGUUGCUGUCCAGCGAUGGCUUGAAGGAGUAUAGCAGAGCCCGUGUCUACCUCGAUGAGAACUAUGAGUCCAAGGAGUUAUUCACAGCACUGGGGAGUUGCUACUUUAUCCACGACUCCUUGAAAAACAUCCAACAGUUUGAUUUCAAAGCAAAGAAAUUCAAGAAGGUGGUUGGCAAGGAGACCUGCUCUGAUACAUUAGAAAGCAUACCCAUGCUGGAGAAGCAGAAGUUCCCACAGGAUUACUUCCCAGAGUGCAAGUGGUCCAGAAAGGGCUUCAUCAGAACCCGGUGGGCCUUGGCGGACUGUGCCUUCGACCUGGUUAACAUCCACCUGUUCCAUGACGCCUCCAACCUGGUCGCCCUGGAGAAGAGCCCCUCUGUCUACUCUGGGACCAGACAGAAGGCCCUUGGCUACGUCCUAGACUGGAUCACAGACCAGCGGUUCGAAAAGUUGCCGUAUUUUGUCUUUGGGGACUUCAACUUUCGGUUGGACACCAAGCAGGUUAUUGAGAGCCUCUGCUCCACUGCCACUAUGCAGACGGUCCAGGCCGCUGACACCAAUGAAGUCGACAAGCUAAUAUUCAGAGAAAGCGACAAUGACAGGAAGGUUGUUCUCGAACUUGAAAAGAAGCUUUUUAAAUAUGCCAACCAGGAUGUUUUCCGGGAAAACAAUGGGACCUCGCUGUUAGAGUUUGACAAAGAGCUGUCUGUCUUCAAGGACCGUCUGCAUGAGCUGGAGAUCACCUUCCCUCCCAGCUACCCAUACAGUGAAGACAGCAGCCAGGGCAAGCAGUACAUGCCCACCAGGUGCCCCGCGUGGUGCGACCGCAUCCUGAUGUCCGCCACUGCCAGAGACUUAGUUCUGAAGCCAGAAAACGAGGAGCGGUCUAUAGUCUACGACAACAUAGGGCCCAACGUGUGCAUGGGGGACCACAAGCCUGUUUUCCUGUCCUUCCGAAUAGCAGCGGGGGCAGGUAAACCUAAUGCAAAUAAGCACAAGUGUUGUGUGGUGCAGUGAUGUCGUGGCAGGGAAAUGGAGCCAAAAGGGGGAGAAGAUAUGCCGUGAAGCGCCUCUGUGAGAACCCAAGAGGAAACAACAACACACACAAACACACACGCACACACAUACACACACAGUCUCGCAUUCUCACAAACACACAAACACACAACACUGACCUACACCCACUGACCUAAACACACACACAAAAGCACAGGAGUACAAAAUACACACACACACACACACACACACACACACACACACACACACACACACACACACACACACACACACACACACACACACACAGUGUAAGAGAAAAGAGCCAACACUAGCGUGUCCAGCAGUGCUGAGCAGGUUGGGCUGUUGGUCGUGUCUCUCCCUCCACACAAGCAGAACCCUGAGAAUGUGGACUAGCCACCCCGCCAGCCUGGCUCCAGACUACACACACACACACAUCGCUGACCUCACUGUUGCCAUGCAACCCCAUUCCCUUAAAAGCAAAAACACACAUCCAUAUUAUCUAUAUAUUUAAAACUAUAACGACGGACGGACAGACUUUGUUUUUCAUGUUGUAACCUCCUUGCCAAAACUCUAAGUGGAGUCCCUCCCGACGCCAUGGUUAUUUUAGAUUUUUAUUUUGUCCGUUAAGGUAUGCAUCUACGCAUAGAAGCUAUGGUCCCGUUUGGUAUCUUAAGAUGUUUAAACAAAAGAAAAAAAAAAGUGCAAUGCAAAAAAAGUGGUAUGUCUAUUGCUAGGUUUAUUUGUACCCGGGACAGUAUAACAUAGAUUUGUUAAUGGUUUUUAAGUGCUUUGUUUUUUCCGACCCAAACUCUGAGGUCCUUCUGGUUAGAAUCAAGAAUGUUUUUCGAGUUUAAUAUCAAAAGUUUUUUGUUUUUGUUCUUUUAUUUUUUUAAUGGCGUUGUUAUUUUGAGUUUGAAUUGCUGUCGUCGUCGUCGUUGUUGUGGUUGUUUGCACACAACACUGCCAUGCCUGACACAUCGGUUUGAGUCUCAUUUUAUAUACUGUACUUUUUAAAAAGAGAUAUAAUUUAUAAUUCUUACCAAAAUUGUUAUGCGGAAGGUAUGUCUAGAGACAUGGGAGGGCAGGGUACGGGGGUGGGGGGGUGGGGGGGGGGGGGGUGGUGUUCGCAGCUCCCCUCGGCCACAGCGACCUUUGAAUAGUCAUUACAAAGUGGUAGAGCGAGGGAGAGGGAGAAUGGGAGAGGAAGAAAAGGAAACUUUUCAGCCCACAUGAUUUAUAGCCUAUCCAGGAAUGUUUUAAGCAGUGCCAUAGACCAUGCAAGUAGGCCUAUAUAAGAUAAUAUUUCACACAUAGCAGUCUCACCUUAUCUCACGUUUAUUAUUAUUAUUAUUCUUACUCUAACUUAUUUCUGCGUAAUAUAUGAUGGUUCGUAAUGUGAUAUUUUACCUAGGCUUGGGUAUUCCUUACAAUGUAAACAGUUGUUUGUUUCUUUUUUUUUGUUACUGCAUUAUGGUGCCAAGUAUUAUACACAGAAAAUGAAGUGUGUGAGAAUUAUCAUAGAAAUACUUAAGUCGAAUGGAUAAAGAUUGUUUUGAUUAUAAAUUGUUAAAUAAGAACGCUAAACGCAGGGGGAACCAGAAGGAAAUGCUUUUCAAUUUUGUAUGUAGCCUUGGACAGCCCCUCUCUCAUUGGUCGUGCGAGCAUUAAACGGCUAAUAGAGGACUGUUGAUAAAACGCCAACGUCUCUUUUUAUCGACUUAAUUCACUACACUACAGAGUCCGCAGGCUCUUCCUUAGAAUGAUCCUUGAUUUUAUUUUAUUUCUUCAUCCCGCCUAAAUCACCGCAAGUGAAAAUUAUUUUUCGUGCCUGUCGCAAUAUCUCUGUUGUCUUGACAGUAGGCCUUUGGUUGGUUUAGAAACUGCUUGUUUUUAAUUCUGCUGGCCCUGAUGCUAGGAGAGGCCGCUGUUGUUCUUCACUCCUCUUAUAACGCAGACAGAGAUUCUGUUCUAUUCCAUUACAACCUCUACUGUUGGCAAUGCAGUUCUCAAGCAAUAAAACCAUUAGAACUCCA